GGCCGUCUUGGGGACUCGCACUGUAUGACUUUGUCAGUGAUUAACUCAUGGAGAUUCACCCAAAGUCCACUUCGGGUUCAAAACAGCUCAUGGACAGCUUUCUCCCAGCCACUGGCUACCGGGGCCGGUACUACAACCUCUCCUAUGUUAACGGGAGCCACCGGGAAACAGGUACAAGCGAGGGGGAACAAACCGGACACGGACAUCCACUGCAUGAGAUGGCCACAGGGAGCACAUCUGCCUACACCUACUACAGCCCAGGCUCUUUCUCACACACAUCUCACACACACACCUCAGACACACACACCGGGCGGUCGAAGCGGAGGCGUGUGAUCAAUGUGGGCCAGCGUCAGGCGGCGAACGUCCGGGAGAGGAAGAGGAUGUUCAGUCUCAACGAGGCAUUUGACGAGCUGCGGAGAAAAGUGCCAACCUUUGCUUACGAGAAGAGGCUGUCACGCAUCGAGACGCUCCGCCUCGCCAUCGUUUACAUCUCCUUCAUGACGGACCUGUUAGAGAACACUUGACCUGAUCAGGAUCACAUAGAUCCAUCAGGGUUAUCAGAGCCAGGUCGAUUAAUCAGACUGGUUAGUUUGAUUGAUGCUUCACCUUGGCAUCGUUUACAACUCCUUCAUGACGGACCUGUCAGAGAACACCUGACCUGAUCUAUCAGGAUGAUCAGAACCAGAUUGAUUGAUUAAUUGGUUAAUUGAUCAGAUAUUCAGUUCAUGGCGGACCUAUACUGGUAAACAGCUGAUCAGGAUCUAUCUGAGUGAUCAGAUAUCAGAUUGAUUACAUUGGUUAUAUCAUAUGUAUUUAUGGAAUAUAAAGUUUUAGAAUGGGGCUAUGGUUGUUAACAUAUAUACAUUUAAUAUCAAGUAGCUAUUUAUGCUGUUUUUAUAGUGUUGUAGAAAUGUGUUAUUAACAUUAUCCCAAGUGAAAUAAUGUGUGCCAGAGCAACAACAAAAACAGUUGUUUUGUUUUAAUAGGUAAAACUGGGUUGAUUUUCAAGAGAUUAGAAAACUUAACUGAUGUUAGAAAAAAAUAUGUGGGUUAGGGGAGGGAACAACAGGAUUCAACCCAACGGGGUUAGUCUGUGCAUAAUAAAGGGAUCCAGAUAGGGACAGAUUUACUUCUCAUGUUAAUGUAUCUAUCGAGGUGCUAAUUGCAUGAGAGGGUUUCAGGGUAGAGAUAAAAAUGUUGGGUAGGAGGGUGAUUCGAGAGAUUUACCCAGAGGAGGCUGGUGGGAGGAGCUAUAGGAGGACGGGCUCAUUGGAAUGGCUGGCAUGGAAUCAAUGGAACGGU